AGCGAGGAAAAAUUGUGUUCAAAGUCUCGUAAAUGUAGCAAGCAGGACAGACAUUCAGGCAAGUGUAAGAAAGACAGACAAUUUCACCCCUUCUGGGAGACUUCGCGCUUUCAAGUUCGGAACAGCUUGAAGAGGGAAUUUUCUGAAACCAACGAACAGCUUAUAUCAGAUUACGAAAGAAAGAGUGCGAGAUUUACCGACUUGGAACGACGCGAAGAAAAAGCAGAAGCAAAAGAAAUGGAAGCUGGUAAGGCAUAAUGUACGCAAAUACUUUUUAAACCCAUGCUUUAACGCAAUGGAAAGUAGCUGUGUGCAGCAUUUUAGAACAGGCGUGACUUCUCAUACGUUUUUUGUCUCAGCAUGAAAUUAAUUUUACUUGAGACCAAAAUAAGAAAAUAUAUAUUUAGAUUUCUACUCUGUUUAUAUUGAAGUUUAUGUGUUUAGGUUAUUUUUCAAAAGCUUCAUUGCUUUCUUUGGUCAGUGCUAUUCCCCACUGAAAGGCACUUUGGAAAGAAGAGUAUAUGUGCCCAGUCAAUUUAUUAUUGCUCAUGAGCUUGAAGUGUCUGCAGUAAAAACAUUAUUGUCUUGAAUGUUGUGUCAUUUUAUCUAAUCAAACUGCAUUAAUUUUCCUUAAUUGCCAUUAGAACAAUUACUUAAAGAUGCUAAAGAGAAGGCUAAAAAACAUGAAGACGAUCUGGAGCUCCUAAAGAAAGAGUAUAACAGAUUUAAACUUAUGCUUGGUCAAACGCAGCAGGGCAGAUCUAAGCGGACCCAAAAUGCAACAACAUUUGAGAUAAUAUCAGAUUUCAAAAGCAGCACUAGAUACAGACGUCGGCAGGAAACAAAAGAAAUGCUAGAGUACAUCCAUGGUGGAGAUGAGGGGGCCCUUUAUGGUGCAUGGGACUUUCUCGCUUCUUUUGCUUCCAAAGAAAUCAUAGAUAAACUGAUUUCAAGUUACAAACGGGGGAAGUAUUUACAGGGAGUGUUUGGAACAGCCGUAAAGGAUUUCAACAAUUCUGAAGAAGCUUUAAAACAAGCAGUAGCCGUGAAGUUCCAAAAUUACCUGUCACGACGCAAGUUUAAUUUAGUUUGUAAGACGCAGAGCUCAGUAUAUGAUGCAGACCAAGAAGUUUGGCUUCCGAGAAACAUAAAAUGCAUGGAUGCAGAAAUAGCCUUGCCAAAAAUUGUCAGUGAUUUGAAAGUUGAUCAUUUCGUAAAAAGUCUCGAUAUUGGUCAUGUCUGCCAAAUAUCAAACUAUCCUGGAGUAUCACGCACAGUCACAGGAUUGGUUUUUAUGAUUCUGGACUUGCAUUUGCGAUUGCCUCGUUUACAUAAACAAUUAAUUUGGUUUAAUGGCAACAAGAACCACUUUAUUUUUCAGUUUUCUGAUGAUGGGGCUCCAGAGACCAGUGAACAGGCAAUGUCCAUUGGCUCAUUGACAUGCUGGAACUUUGGAUCGAGGGUAAGAAGUAGGGAAUUCCAUUACUUACUCCAUUGUCUGAGUGUCUCAGAGAAGGAGUCAGUAAUGGAAGACAUCUGGAAGCAGCACACGGAAGAGAUGAGGGUGUUGGAGGGGAAUAUUUUGACUGUUCGUGGUCAGCAGUGUACACUUGAAUUUCAACCUAGUGCAGAUCAGUCAUGGCAAAGCUGGGCUAACAAUGAGCUGAACCAAGCGGCAACAUAUCCCUCACCUUAUGCUAAUGUUCAUAAAGGUCAGUUGUCUAAGAUGGGUGGGACUAUAGGGAAUGAUAGUAACUGUACAUGGGAAGUGCCCACACAAGAAAAGCGCCAAGAAGACUUGGGUAAAGUUCAAGCCUUCCAAAAGACCCUUCCAAAAGAUCUUAACCCAACCCAAGGCCACAAAAAAACAUUAGAAUUCAUGGCUAACAAUGGCCUUCGCCAGCUUGGGGAACCUAGAAUAGGGGAAUUUGCCAACCGACAAAGGCCAGAGCCUGUGCACAAUGAAAUAAAUGCCUGGCAACACAUCCUUAACAUGCUUUAUAAGGAAGCACUUCAGAGAAACAAUGUGGAUUUAUUUUUAGAAGUAUUAAGUUCUCCAGUUGACACAACAGAAAUUGCAAAUAUUAGGUUGUCUCGCCCUCAGCUCACCACCCCACAUCAGGAAGGAGUAGGGGAAAGAGUUAGGCAAGUGGAUAUUGUAAACAGGCAAGCAGAGGUAUUUAAUGAGAAUAUGCAGACAGCUUCAGUAACACCUGAUGUCUCAGGUAGAAAGCCAGGAUGUGGUUUGUCAUUUGUUGCUAGUAAGAUAAGAGAACAUCAUAAUGACAAAGAUCAUAGAGCCAAUAAUCUAAGCACAAGGCUCAUAGGGGAGCAAGCUAUUGCGCUUGCCAAGUAUUCAUACAGGCUUAUUGAUGCCUUGGAAAUUACAGAUGAAUCCAGUGCCCAA